AUUGUUACUCCCCAAUACUGCAUGGUCUAUAUAUCAUUCAAUAAAAAACACACGUCAUGUCGUUAACAUCAUCCCCCUGUGGCCCUUUUCGCAUUGUUGAGCAUAUCGUCGAAUGCCAACAUAUUCGGGAGUAUCCCGCAGCUACGGCCAACGAGCAGGAAGAUGUAUUGAAUCUGAUUGUCAAACAAUAUAUUCCACUCGACAACCCUGAUCCUCAACCAGGAGAUGUAACAAUUCUUGCGGCCCAUGCCAAUGGGUUUCCCAAGGAGCUCUACGAACCCCUGUGGGAAGAAUUAUAUGCCCGGUCGAAAGCCAAUGGGUUCCGACUCAGAAGCAUUUGGAUGGCAGAUGUAGCGCAUCAGGGCGAAAGCAGCGUAGUGAACGAGGAUCUCUUGGGAAAUGACCCAAGCUGGUUUGACCACCCCAGGGACCUCCUUCACCUUAUCAAUGUCAAACGCAAGGAAAUGCCCCGCCCAAUCGUGGGAAUUGGCCACAGCAUGGGCGGCGCACACCUCGCACAGCUAUGCUUAAUCCAUCCACGUCUCAUCCACACCCUAGUCCUUCUCGACCCCGUAAUCCAACGCGAAUCCACCCAACUGGACGGAUACGAAAUGGCCAUCCGACAGAGAGAAAGGAUUACUAAAACAACCCAACUAUCGACCUACCGACGAGACAUAUGGCCAUCCCGAAAAGCCGCCCUAGAAGCCUUCAAUAGAAACCCUUUCUACCAAGCCUGGGACUCCCGCGUCCUCGACCGCUGGAUCAAAUACGGUCUCCGCGAACUGCCCACGGCCAUCUACCAACUAGACGAAUCCAAGAUAAAUGAGGAAAACAACGAUCGCCCCGUCACGAUUAGAACGACCCUCCAUCAAGAAGUCUUCACUUUCUCGCGUCCUAAUUACGACGGCCCCCCGGGAAAGAAAGUCCUUGUGAACAAAGUGACCCAUCCGGAUCUCAAUCCCGAUCACCUCGGUUCAUGGCCAUUUUACCGCCCCGAACCGUCGCGAGUCUUCGCCAUGCUCCCGCAUCUUCGUCCAAGCGUCUGCUAUCUCUUCGCCGGUAAAUCUGACAUGUGUCUUCCUGAAAUGAUGGCGGAUAAAAUGGCCGCCACUGGUACGGGGCUUGGGGGCAGUGGUGGGGCUCCUGCUGGCCGGGUGCGCGAUGUUUAUCUGGCUGAAUUUGGUCAUCUUCUUGCUCAGGAGGCUCCCAUACAAUGUGCAGAUGCGGCAGGUAAAUGGUUGGGUGCUGAAAUCGAACGAUGGCGAACCGAGGAGAGAGAGUUUCGGGAACAGUGGAGUCAGAAAUCGAAGCUCGAGAAGGUGACGAUUGAUCCUCGUUGGAAGGAUCAUGUUCCCGCUCCCGAGCGGCCAAAGAAGAGUCCUCCAAAGUCAAAGUUGUGAAUGCUCAGUCGCUCGCUUAGGGAUCUUGGCCGUGAGUAGAUUGCUAGGUGUCUCUGGCAGACGUAUAGAACUUGUUUUCUGAUCAAGACAAAGAGGUAACUACACAUACACAUGCCCAAUGAUACGCGUAUAUACCUAACAGGAU